AUGCAUGACAAUACUAGACUUGCCCUUACGGAGUUGAACAAUAUUAAUAAGGCUGAGAUUGAUGUACUCUUGGGCCAACCAGACUUUGCAAUUGCUGAGGAACAAAUAAAUGUCACAAUGAAGGAUAUUCAGAAGAAGUUGGAGCCAUUUAAAGAGAAAAUUAAGAGAUUGAGAGGCGAAGUCGACAAGUGCAGCACCGAACUAAUAAAGACAAGGGAUGAAGUUGCAAAGGCUGGAUCAGCUCUGAUAUAA